CGUCCAGACCUAUUUAAAACGGGGCUUGCUCAGUUUAAUUAUCAUUUCCAUCUGGUGCAUGAUGAAUCUUAUCAGGUUUGCUGCACUUUUCAUUGUGCUCUUUGCGUCUUCAAGUGGACUGCAAGAUGGGCCAAAAGAUUUUUGCACCGAUUGUCAAGCCCAAAUGCAUGGGCUGCUGGACUUGAUCGUUGCUGGGGCCACGAGGGAGGAGGUUGUCGCCAAAUAUGUAGACAUUUCCGUCAAUUUUUUUCAACAACCACUUUCAGCAAGUGAGGGACUAGCGGAAAGGAAUGUGGAUAUUAUUAUUUACGUGGUUGGAGAGAAAUUGGGCACGGCCGCCCCUGUAACUGCGGAGGCGAUGUGCUUCUUCAACGACCUUUGCCCCAACACCGAUCCCAGCUACGAUUGGUCGCUCAACCUCGACUUUGUGGGCCCAAAACCGACUCCAGAAAUACCGCAGCUGCCUAUAGAUGGCCAGCCGACAAUGGAGGUGCUGCAAAUUACCGACAUCCACAUUGACCCGACCUAUACUCCAGGCAACAAUGCCCUCUGCGGCUUUUACUCUUGCUGCAGGGCCAGCCAGGGUGCGGCACCAAAUUCCUCGGCCGCCGCUGGCUACUGGGGCGACUACCGCGGCUGCGACAUGCCCGUCCACGCCUUGCAAAACCUUCUCGACCAGGCCGCUCAAAACCACCCAAAUGUCGCCUACGUCAUGUUCACGGGGGACGUCAUGGAUCACGCCAACUGGGAGAGAACCGCCGAGCUCAACACCGACCACUUCACCCUGGUGAUGAACAUGCUGAGACAGGCGUUCCCCAACGUGCCCAUCCUGCCCAUUUUCGGCAACCACGAAUCCGUUCCAGCGAAUCGGGUGCCUCCUUCUGAAUGGAACGUUCCUACAAACCUCAAAAACGAGUGGCUGUUCCAACUGGCUGCAGACUUUUGGGGCCAGUGGCUUCCAGGUACGGCCGACUCCAUCCUCAGAGGCGGUUUUUACGCUUAUGAAAUCAAUCCUGGAUUGAAGGUUAUCGCCCUGAACAACAAUUUUUGCUACACCAAUAAUUGGUGGCUGGCCUACGACAACGUUGACCCUGCAGGCCAGUGGGCUUGGCUCGCCCAGGAGCUUUUGCUGUCUGAGCAAGCGGCGCAAAAGGUGCACAUCAUGGCACACAUUCCACCUGGAAGCAGCACCGCCUGGGACGUUUGCCACAGAGAGUACAGGAGAAUCAUUGAUAGAUUCCAGAAUACGGUGAAGGCGCAGUUCCACGGUCACACUCACAACGACCACUUCAGCAUCUACUAUGACCUGGAUGAGCCCUCGAGGGCCACCACCUUGUCCUUCACAGGAGGUAGUGCCACCGCUUACAAAAACUACAAUUCCAACUACAGGAUUUACCAGGUUGAUGGUCCCUAUGACGGAGCUUCUUAUCAAAUUCUGGACCACACCACCUGGUUCUACAAUUUGACCGAGGCCAACCUGGCUGGGCCUGAUGUUAGUCCCAACUGGCAAAUUUUGUACAGCUUCAAAGAAGCUUACGGAGUCAAUUCUUUGCUGCCUCAGGAUUUGGACGCUCUUGCCAUCAGAAUGGCGCAGGACGUCAGCCUCCAAGAGCAAUAUUACAGAUACUACGUGAAAACUGGCGACCCCUCCCUUGAGAAAGGCUGUGACCAAGCUUGUCUGCAGAAAAUUGUCUGCAACAUCGUUAAAACCGUGAACACAGAUGACUGCAGCAGGCUGCCUUUUUAAAUUAAAAUUCAAUCAAUAAAUGAGCAAUGAUAAUUAUAA